GCAACUCUCCGUAGAUCUGGCUACGCUGAUUAACAAUUAUACGGCAAAGAUACAGCUGUUGUUUUGUUUUGAUUUAGCCUUUAGUGUAAUAACUUGUGAACUGCAUGUAGAUACUCAAGAGUGAUUGGAGUCCACUCCCACACAGGAAAAAAGUGCAAAAAGGAUAACUUGCAGAGUUGGGGUUAUCUUUUACAAUAAAAAUAGAUAAAUAGAUAGUGUGUUAAGACAAUCUCAUAUAAAAUGUCGGAAGUUAUGAAUGAAAUCACAACCACCACUAGCACUAACAAUAAAAAUCUUCCAAUUAAUUCGAAACAAAAAUUAAAGGAUGUAGGUAGCUUAUCGCGUGAAGAUUUCGAUGGAGGUCCCAUCAGCUUGGAUGAAAUAGAACCAGGAUUAUUUUUAGGAAAUCUUACUGCUGCAACCCAUAUGGAAACGUUGAGAACAUAUAAUAUUUCCCACAUACUAACCUUGGACUCCAUACCGUUACCUCAACACAUAACAGAAGCGUCAUUUUUGACAACAAAGUAUAUACAUAUUGCUGAUAUGCCCAAAGAAGACAUCUUACACCAUUUGAAUACUUGUGUUGACUUCAUACAGGGCGCUCUGUUAACUGAUCACAAUGUUUUGGUACAUUGUUACUUUGGUGUCAGCCGUAGUUCAUCGGCGGUUAUUGCUUACGUCAUGAAGAAAUAUCGUAUGGAUUAUUCAUCUGCCUAUGAUUUGGUCAAGUCAAAGCGCCGUUUUGUACAACCUAAUGCUGGAUUUGUUGCUCAAUUGAAACUUUGGCAUCGAAUGGGAUGUUCGAUUGAUACACAAUAUCAAAAAUAUAAAACCUAUAGAUUACGCCUUGCCGGAGACCAAGUGCGCAAGGCUAAAAUUCUUCCACCCAAUUUCAAUGAUCUCAUUAAGCCAGAUCCGGCAAUUACGCAAGAAAAUCCAGAGCCCAUUGUAUAUCGAUGCCGCAAAUGUCGACGUGUUUUAGCAUCAAAAUCAAAUAUUCUACAACAUUUGCCCAAAAAUGUUCUGCCAGAAAAGGGAACAGAUGGGAGUAAUGGUAAUACCACAAGUGCAAACAAUCAAACAUCAGAUCAAACACCAACUGGAGGUUCUCCACGUCUGCUAGAGCAAAUAGCUGAGCAAAUACGUAAAGUAUCAUUAGGUUCACCGGGGGAGGGACAAAAAUCUGAUAUAACAUAUUGUCAGAAUAUUUUGUUUGUGGAGCCCAUAGCUUGGAUGCAGCAUAUUGCAAAUAAUACACAAGGUCGUCUGCAUUGCCCGAAAUGUGAUCAAAAAUUGGGCAACUAUAGCUGGAUAAAUGGCUGUCAGUGUCCCUGUGGCGAAGAAAUAUCACCUGCAUUUUAUAUGAUACCUUCCAAAGUUGAACUAUCGAAGGCUGUUCAAAAUGUACAAACCACUUUGUAAUUUUAUUCAAAUUGUUGUAGUUAAGAACUUUGUAUUUAUUAAUUCAUUUUGCUGUUUGUUUUUUAUUUAUUAUUACAUUCUAAAAUAUUUCUGUAAACAAAUGCUUCCAUAUUGUUGUGGUUAUGAAAUAGUGUUUCCUAACAUUAGAUGUUUUAAGUAAUAUUUCCAACAAAAAUAUAUGUUCCAAUGAAUGUGUAUAUAUGUAAUAUACAGAUACAUAUGUAGAACAACAUUAUUCCCUUGCACUUGAAAUUUUCAAGUUUGCACGUCACCUUCUAUUUGUUAAACGAAGUUAUUCCCACUCAGCGUUUAUAAACCUACGUUUUGUUGCCAGACAUUUAUACCAUUGUACCAUAAACAAAUAAGAAUUAAACUACGUAUGUUUAAAUAAAUUUAAUGUUAAAUAUUUGACAAUAUAAAUAAUACAUACAUACAUAAAUA